UGGAAUCAAUCGACGACAACAAGUGGCAGUUCUGUAGGGAAUCCAACUCGAUAUGGUGGCGUUCCAACAGCCUUCGUUCCUCAUGGACAAAUAGAACUGAGAUCUAAUACCGACGUUCGACCAGCUCCACGACCUAAUAAACCGAAACCACCGACAAAACCCCGCAUGUAUCCGGUAGUCAGAGCAAUGUACGAUUACGAUGCUCAGGACACGGACGAGUUGUCGUUUUCGGCCAACGACGAAAUUGAACUCAUGCAAAAACAUGAGUCCGGAUGGUGGCAAGGGAAAAUUGGCACCAAAAUCGGACUGUUUCCAGCCAAUUAUGUACAGGAGUGA